CUCCAUUGAUUAAAGACGAUAGAACAAGAAAAUACGAAAGAAAGAUAAUAGAAAAAACACGAAAAGGAAUACCAGUUGAAAAGUAAUUAAUAUUGUAAAACUAUUGGAAAAAAGAUAAUUUUAUUAAAUUAAAAUACUCGAAUUUAAUAUAUAAUUGAUUUUCAAUAUGGAUUUCGGAGAUGAUUUUGUUGCAGCUCCCGCUACCGCCAGCGAAGAAGUUGAUCCGGCAGCCGAGUUCUUGGCCCAGGAGAAAUCGAUUUUGGGAGAUUUAGAGGCUGAAAUCAAUGCUGGUUCCAGUGUUAGCAAAACACCAGCUCCCUCAGACGAUGCUGGUUUGUUGGGUGGUGACAUUAAUGAAUUGGCUGCAGGCAGUAGUGGCGGUUUGGAGUCAUCUACCGGCUCCUUUGAGAUGAUUGGUGGUGAUAAUAAUGAUGUUAAUCCUAUUUCGGGACCACCACCAUCUCGCGUUGAACCGGAGAAAAUCCGUAAAUGGCGUGAGGAACAACAACAACGUUUGGAGGAGAAAGAUCGCGAAGAGGAGCGCAAAAAGGAGGAAUUAAGGGCUCAAGCUAAGAAAGAAUUGGAGGAUUGGUUGAGACAAACCGAAGAAUCUAUUGCAAAAACUAAAUCUGCUGCCCGUAGUGCUGAAAAGCAGGCAGCUGCUUUGGAAAAUGGUGGAGCCAUGGAACCAGGCACCGAAUGGGAACGUAUAGCCAAAUUGUGUGACUUUAAUCCCAAAGUCAAUAAAUCGGGCAAAGAUGUGUCACGCAUGCGUUCCAUCUACUUACAUCUCAAGCAAAAUCCCAUACCCAUUAGAGCCCAAAAGGCAUAAAAUAACAGAGACAGGGAAUUCUUUUUUGCUUUUUCGUUUCUUUACUUUAUUAGUAUUCCAAUGAAUUCAUUAUUAUAACUAUUAUUGUUUUAUGUUUAUUUUCAAACAAACAAAAAAUUCCACGAAAAUUUAUUAUUAUAGAUUUAUUAAAAUAAAACACAAAGAAAUAAAUAUAUAUAUAUAAAAUUUAAAUAAAAA